ACAUCUGGAAGCCAAAUGUUAGAAACGAUAUAAAAGGGCCAGCCCAACAAGCCAGUGGGGCAUUUCUAAGCCAGAAAAAUCCUCAGGAUGGACCUUGUCCUUCUCUGGGUAUUCCUGCCUUUGGUGUCAGUGGCAUGGGGCCAGUAUGGUGACUAUUACUACGGCCCCUAUAACUACGGAGAUAACGAUGAAUGGGUCAAUGUAUACCGGCAGGGUUUCAACUUCCAGUGCCCGCAUGGGCAGGUGGUCGUGGCCAUCAGGAGUGUCUUCAGCAAGAAGGAAGGCUCCGACAGACUGUGGAACUAUGCCUGCAUGCCAGCAGCCCAGAGCCUCGGUGAGCCGACAGAGUGCUGGUGGGAAGAGAUCAACAGGGCGGGAACUGAAUGGUACCAGACCUGCUCAAACAAUGGGUUGGUGGCUGGUUUCCAGAGUCAGUAUUUUCCAUCUGUGCUUGACCGUGAAUGGCAAUUUUACUGCUGCCGCUACAGCCGGAGGUGCCCAUAUUCGUGCUGGUUAACAACAGAAUACCCAGGGCACUAUGGAGAAGAUAUGGACAUGAUGAUGUACACUUACGACUACUAUAUCCGUGGGGCAACAACAACUUUCUCGGCUGUGGACAGGGAUCGUCAGUGGAAAUUCAUUGUCUGCAGGAUGACAGAAUAUGACUGCCCAUUUCAAAAUGUUUAAAAAUAUUGAGUAUAUCCAAAUUGGAAAGCUUGAGGAUGGACAAGGUGUAAUGAGAGUCAGGGAUUAUGGGUGAAAGGCAAUUAGGCUCACAAAAAAAAUGUAGAAAGAGUCAUAAUACAAUUCUUCCCUCUGGAGCUAAUCAAUAAAUUGCCAGCCCACAUGCUUGCAGCAGAAGUUUUGGAGGAUUCCUUUGAGCUGCACUGACAGUUGUAUCCCCCAACUAAUACUGCUUAGGAAACACACAUGUUAAUAGUACACAGAUCUAUGUUAAUUUCCUUUUUUAUAUGUAUCCAUAUAUAGCCAUUCUCAACACAAUAAAACUUUUUUCACAUAGCAACUUUAUAUGAAUUGCUUUCCAGCAGAGUCACUCCAAAUGAAGUGGAAACAUACUAUAAACUUUCCAGAAAGCAGUAAUCUUUCCUGUCUUCUACUUCCCACUUGGAACCAACCCAGUGAUCUCUACUAGCUUCUCAGUAUUUAGUAGCUAAAAGUGUGCAGAAAGCAGUACCAGCAGGUCUUCGACAAAAUUCAUUUGGGGUUACAGCCUCCAGCAAAACUUCAUUGCUACAGAUGUCUUCUUACUGUGGUGAAAUUCCAGGUAUUAAAAACUGGAAGAUGUCACUAGCUGGUUAAAAUAAGCGCCGAUCCAUCAAUAAAAACAAAAGCCUAACCUAGCUUUACUGAGACUAAUUUAUAUUGUCCUAAAAAUUGUCAGUGACAUAACUAAUUGGGAGAUCUUUUAUGAGUAAACCCAGGAAUAGGUCAGGCCAAGCCACUCUCACAAAAAAUAUGCAUACUGUAUUUGUCAGAAGUCUACUUUACGUAUGGACUAAGUUUCCACUGUGGGCGCCUGUACCACCUUUGGUAAUAUAUUCUUGGCUUAGAAUAGACAAAUAAAGUUAAUGAUCUGGAUGACCUCAGUUCCUCUGACUUACAUAUAUCAUUUCAUGCAAAGAAUGAGCUGACCAUGUUUCAAAGCUGCACACCAGUUGCGCAGUGGUAUUCCAACAAGAAAGACUGUUAUCUCUUCCAGGAAGAUCCAAGGUAGGAUUUUUGCUUAGGAACAUGAUUUAGGGUUCACUUUCUUGCCUCAUUAAUUCAGUGACAAACUUAGCAGUUUCAGCAGCACUGGCUCAAGAGCCAUGAUGAUGUCAGCUACCAACUUAAGAUUAUAAGCUUCAUAAGAAACAGUGGUGUCAGACAGAGAGUUUCCAUGCUCCAGGCACUUUUAACGUAUUUACUAGCAUACUCUCAAAUGUGAGCAUUAAAACUACACUUGUCCAAUAAAUGAAUAAUAGAUUUGGCAUUGCUAUAGCCUCGUUUUUCUUUCAAUUAUACUUUUUCUACAACAAUUUACUGAUUUGCACACAAAGAAACUGUCAUUCUCAGAGAUCAUGAUGGUAACCAGGGAGUUUCUAUGAAAGCCAGUUGCUGAGAAAGCAAGUAGCAAAAUAAAAGAGAAAUUAAGAGGACGAGAGAAGCUGAAGAAGAUUGUUAGCUGACACUGGUAGACAGGCAAAGGAAGUCAUGAGAGCUCCAAAGAGGUGAACACAAGAGGAGAAGGCACUCAUGUUAGGAAGCUGAUGGAAAAGGACAGGCACUAUAUUUAGGCACAUUUGUGGGAACACCUGCCCUAGAGAUGGCAGUAUGUAGUACAUCCUUCUCCUGCCACAGUCUUUACUUAGGCUGCUCUCCAUACUGCGUGCACACCAUGGGCUCAUGGAGUUCUCUGAGGGGACAGUGUAAGAUCAGCUUAGAAUCACAGAAUCACAGAAUAUCCCGAGUUGGAAGGGACCCCACAAGGAUCAUCAAGUAUAACUCCUGGCUCCACAUCACCACCUCAAAUCCAAACCCAAAGUAUGAGAACAUUGUCCAAAUGUUCCUUGUAUUUUGUUUUUCUCUAGUUUUCGUUGGAUAUUUUGUACAGAAAGAUAAUAUGAUACUGUGAGAAACAGUACUGAAAGCUCUGCUUUCAAUCAAAAAAGAUCACACCCACUGGCAUCCUUUGGUCAACUAGGUGGGCAACCUUGUCAUAAAAAGAGAUUAAGUUCAUUAAAGAGGACUUUCCCCUUGUGACCAAUGUCUGCAUUGUUUUUCAGCUGUUUUUCAAAAACUCCCAGGAUAAUCUUCCCCAGAAAAUUGCCAGGCACCAAAGUGAGACUGGCAGGCCAGUAGUUACCACUCUUUUUUCUUGCCCCUCUGGAACGUUUGCCAGCUUCCAGUUGAUAGGGACCUUUACAGAUUCCCACAACCAUUGAAAAAUUAUUGAGAGGUCUCAGAAUGUCAUCAGCCAGCUCUACUGUGGGAUGAAUCUCAUUGGGCUCCAUUGACUUGUAUGCAUCUAGCUGGAACAGCAGAUCAGCUUCCCAAACACAAGUUUGGGGUUGGCUGGGAGUUUACUGUUACCAUAGUCAUGGUCCUUCAACUCAGGGCACUGGGGGUCCCAGAUUCAUAGUGCUACAGAAUAAGCAGCUCUGGUCCCUUGUCCACUGAAACUGUAGUGUCAUGUUGUUGUCCCAUUUGCCACCUUUCUCCCUCAUCUGUCCCAGUCACUUCCUUACACCCAUGCUCUAUUCCCAGCUCCACCCUAGCAGUGCAUCUAUGUGGGAUACAUUUCACAGGACUCCUCUUCAGAAAGUUAAGCAAUUCUCAGAUGCGGAAAACUGUGGGUGGGAAACAAAAUGUAUCUCAAGUGAAGGCAGGAAUGGGAUGUGGACAAAAAAAAAAAAA